GAUGUCUCUUCUCAGUUCUCCUUGACUUCUAUGAGCCACACUUUCAUGCUCUGUAGCAUUUUAGAACAAGGGUCACAACCCUCACUACACGGAAGUUGAAGAAUGCAGAGAAAGAACCUCACAGAGGUGAGGGAGUUUGUUUUCCUGGGCUUCUCCAGAUUCUGUGACUACCAGAUCACCCUGUUUGUGGUCUUUCUCGUCCUGUACACAUUAACCCUGGCUGGCAAUGCCAUCAUUGUGACCAUCAUCUGCAUUGACCGUCACCUGCACACCCCCAUGUACUUCUUCCUGAGCAUUCUGGCUAGUUCAGAUACCGCAUACACUCUCGUCACCAUCCCACGAAUGCUGUCUGCUCUCCUAGCCCAGAAUCAGCCCAUCUCCAUAGCAGGCGGUAGUGCCCAAAUGAUGUUCUUCGUUGCCUUGGCCAUCAACAACUGCUUCCUGCUCACAGCCAUGGGCUAUGACUGCUACGUGGCCAUCUGCAACCCCCUGAGGUACACAGUCCUCAUGAGCAAAAGGGCAUGUGUCCAGCUGCUGUGUGGCACCUCUGGCAUUGGCCUGGUCAUGGCAGUUGUCCAGGUGACAUCCAUAUUUACCUUACCCUUCUGUCACAGAGUGGUUGGACAUUUCUUCUGUGACAUCCUCCCUGUCCUCAAACUCUCCUGUAUUGACACCACUAUCAAUGAGAUCAUCAACUUUGUCGUCAGUUCCUGUGUGAUCCUGGUCCCCGUGGCUCUGGUCUUCAUCUCCUACGUCAUCAUCAUCUCCACCAUCCUCAACCCCUCUGCCCAGGGCCGGAAGAAGGCCUUCGCCACCUGCGCCUCCCACCUCACAGUGGUCAUAGUCCACUACGGCUGCGCCUCCAUUGCCUACCUCAAGCCCAAGUCCGAGGAUUCUGCAGAGCAAGACGUCCUUCUCUCAGUGACGUACACCAUCAUCACUCCCUUGCUGAACCCCGUUGUUUACAGUCUGAGGAACAAGGAGGUCAAGGAUGCCCUACGCAGAGCUGUGGGAAGAAACAUUUAA